AUGGACUCAAUUAAACCCUCCUCCGCUACCAAGCUCCCCAUUAAACGCAAAAACCCAGACCACAUCCCCAACCCUAACUCAAAUCUUCUCCCCCCAACCCUCGAAUCCACCGCCAUAUACGACUACAACGCCGUCGUUUUUUCCGCAGAAGAUGGGCAGCGAACCCCGCCGUUCAAGUACCACCGAAUCUGGACCGAGCCCGACGAGCUUCUCUUCCUCCAAGGCCUCCUUGACUGCGCCUCAGAUGGCUUCUCGUUCCCCAAAGACCUUCACCUCUUCUACGCACGAUUCUCCACCACCGUGUCUCAGCAAUACACCAAAUCCCAGCUCUCUGAGAAGCUCCGCCGCUUCCGGAAAAAGUUCCGAGUCGUCUCGGCUCGGCUCGCUCGCGGCCUCCACGAGUCGCAGCUUUCGCCGCAUGAUCGCGCCUUGUACGACCUCUCGAGGAAGCUUUGGAGCUCCGAGUGCUGGUCCACUUCUCCGUUUGGUAACAAAGCCAAGAGCGACGAGGGUGAUGAUAAUUUAAAGGUGAAUCAGAAUCAGAGUGUUUUGGAUGAUCUUUUUGUGGAAAAUGAUUAUGGCGAUGAGGUGAAGAUGAUCAAUUUGUCUAGGCCCAUUGCUGGGCUGGCGGCGAAGGCUGUUUUGGACGUGUUCGAUCAGUCUUUGAAUGAAGUUCGGAUGGUUCUUGUUCAACAUUGUCUGCUCUGCCCCGACCAUGUUGGUUCGGUCUCGGGCUCAGGCUCUGGCUCUGGCUCAUGUUCCUCCAAUAAGGGCAAGACUGCACUGGACUUCGAGCGGCAAUGGCAGCUCCAACGGCUUGCUGAGUUGGAUGUAUUGUCUCAGAGAUUGAGGUUGGUUCUCGACAACACCAUUCGGGGCCAAUGA